UAAUGCGAAAAGUAAUGAACUUGUCCCUACAACACCUGUUUCCAUUUGCAUUUACCUUACUUACGCAGUACUGACGAGAACUUGCUUGAUUCAAUAAAAUCAAGUGCGUUGGGUUAAACGUCCAUCACUUGAAUGGUACUGCUGAAGAGCGUCCGCAAAUUCUCCGCUACGAUCUACUUAUCGUCCACUAAAGACAGGGUCCCGCUACAAUCGUGGGUCGCCGCUCAGUAAGUCGCUACUCGUGGCGAAAGCAAGUCGCGAUGUUACUCGUCGGGGCCGCUGUGGUUGCGGCAUGUGCCGUUUGCCUCUUUUACGGCUUUCUCUCAACUUUAACAUUAUCUGUUAGUUUAGUGUUAGUGUAUGUGGCUUUGUUUCAUUGGAGAUGGUGCUACGUCGCCCUGAGAACUGCCCCGAGGGAUAUUGCAGCUUUGAUAUGCUACGUAAAACUGCUAUGGCUGACAAGGCAGUUCUCAAAAAAGAACUGGACGAUUCCAGAUGCGUUCCACGAGACUGUGGCACGUCAUCCAAACAAACCAUGCUUCCUACAUCAAGAUGAAGUUUGGACUUUUAAGGAGGUGGAAGACUUCAGCUUGCGCGUGACAGCCGUGUUGAAAGCACAAGGCGUGAAGAAGGGUGGCGUGGUCGGGAUCCUGAUGAGCAACUGCCCCCAGCUGCCCAGCAUCUGGCUGGGCGCGGGCCGCCUCGGCGCCGUGUGCCCGCUCAUCAACACCAACCAGCGCGGCAACGCGUUGAUACACUCUGUCAACGUCGCUAACUGCGAUGUGAUCAUAUUCUCCGAGGAAUACCAAACCGCAAUUCAAGAAGUAGUGGGUCAAUUGAGUCCAUCACUGAAGUUGUUCAAGUUCGUUCACCGUCCUCUCAACACUGCCAACGUUGAGGUGAAAUCGAGCGGAGACCAGGUAGCUGACCUGACAGUGUUACUGGAGACCACUCCACCUGCUCCAUGGACUUUGGCUGAUGCUGAUGGCUUCCAUGGAAAACUUCUGUACAUUUACACAUCUGGAACCACGGGACUGCCGAAAGCUGCCGUUAUUUCAAGCUCCAGAUUCGUGUUCAUGGCAGCCGGCAUCCACUACCUAAGCGGCAUAACGCCGUCGGACAUAGUGUACUGCCCGCUGCCGCUGUACCACACGGCGGGCGGCGUCAUCAGCGUCGGGCAGGCGCUGCUCUUCGGCUGCACGGUGGCCGUCAAGCACAAGUUCUCCGCCUCGCAGUACUUCCCCGACUGCAUCAAGUACAAGGCCACGGUGGCGCACUACAUCGGCGAGAUGUGCCGCUACGUGCUGGCGACGCCGCCCGCGCCGACCGACAAGCAGCACUCCGUUCGCACAAUUUUCGGCAACGGCAUGCGUCCUCAGAUUUGGAACGACUUCGUGACAAGAUUCAACAUCAAACACGUUGCUGAAUUCUACGGGGCUACAGAAGGAAACGCUAAUAUUGUGAACAUCGACAGCAAGCCCGGCGCGAUCGGGUUCGUGUCCCGGAUCAUCCCGAAGGUGUACCCCAUCGCCAUCAUCAAGGUGGACCAGGAGACUGGCGAGCCCAUCCGGGACGCCAACGGACUCUGUCAGUUAGCGCAACCAGAGGAACCAGGCGUAUUCAUCGGCAAGAUAUCCCCGAACAACCCUGCGCGUGCCUUCCUAGGCUACGUGGAUAAGUCUGCUUCCGACAAGAAGAUCGUUAGAGAUGUCUUCUCCAAGGGAGACACGGCGUUCAUCUCCGGUGACAUCUUAGUAGCAGACGAGCUGGGCUAUCUGUACUUCCGGGAUCGAACCGGAGACACAUUCCGCUGGCGCGGCGAAAAUGUCAGCACGACUGAAGUGGAGGCUGCCGUGUCCCGCGUCGCGGAGCAGAGAGACGCUGUUGUUUAUGGAGUCGAGGUACCCAACACGGAAGGACGCGCGGGCAUGUGCGGCAUUGUCGACGUCAACAGAACCCUGGACCUGGACCAGUUGGCGAAAGACCUCGCUAAGGACCUGCCGCCCUACGCCCGUCCCAUUUUCAUGCGGGUCAUGGCGAGCAUGGACAUGACAGGUACAUUUAAAAUGAAGAAAACUGACUUGCAGAAAGAAGGUUUCGACCCCGCCCUAGUGAAGAAAGAUAAGCUUUACUACCUCGACUCGAAGUUGGGUCGAUACCUACCGCUAGGCGCCGAAGAGUACGAAAAAAUUGUUAAAGGACUGAUAAGAAUAUGAAGAGGAUUUUUAUAGUAAAAGAUUUUCUAUAAUACCGUCUGGAUUAGACGUAAAGGUUAUUCAAUACUUUUUAUAGCUUUUAAACCUCCUUACUUUAUUUAUGGAAAAUAUUUACAGAAUGUUGAUUCUAGAAAUUAACGGCAAUGAGCUUAGACUUAGCCAUUGUUAAAAUAUUAGAAAUUGUUGGUAUACAACGUCGUCGGUGUAUGUCAGUAGUAUGUAUAGUUCUACAUAUCCAACUAAAUACCACAUACUAUUCUGAUUAUUGUUUUAUAAUAAUACGAGUAUCAAUAUAUUUAGACACGUUUUUUUUACCAUCGGCUUUCUUCAUAAUCACUUUUCUCUGUACAUUGCCCAUUUUUAUUCCGUUGAAGCCUUUAACAGUGUUAUUAAAGAAGAUAUUUUCUAUAAAAUUAUAUUUUUGCUAUCACCUGCUUUUGGAGGUGCUUUCUAGAUCUGUCCCGUUUAUGAUAGAUUACGGUUACGGUUGUGAUAUCAAGACGAACUGUGCACUCAAAAAUGUCUCAAAUAUUUAUCUGAUUCUUUAUAGAGUUGAAGCAAAUUGAGAAUGUCGUAACUUGUAAUAAAACGCGUAAAUAAUAACAUAAUUAUUAUUCUAAAAAAAAAUUAAAGACAUCUCACAAAGUCAAUCGUACAGAAAAUGCGUGCGCCACGGCAGUUUAUACAAGUUAGCAAAUAGGUAAGUACUUAAGUACUCGUAGGUAAGGAAAAGUUAGUUUUAAUCGGUGUUUGGGAUGUAUUUUUUAUUGUUUUUGGUUUGGUCAAGAACUAGGCGCAUAAUACGUUACUAAGGUAUUUUUUAAACUUUGAAAAUUUCCUUACAAUGUCAUCCCAUUUAUAGAAAUUAGUUAAUUUAUUGUUUGCUCGUUACUUCUACCAUAGUAAACGUGUAAUUUGUUAUUUAUUUAUCAUUAAUUAUGUGAAUGCAAAACUAUAAUUUUGUAUGUAUUGUGAUAUUACGCUUUAAGCGAUACAAAUUAUAUGACAACUACAUGAACGUAUUGUACUUAUUUCUAUGGUUUUUUUUAUAUACAGAUAAAGUAAAUAUGCAUUAUUCCAAUAAAUUUGUAAGACUGACCGCAUUUGUAAGGAUUUAUUUUCAGCAUUGUUGCUUUUCAAAAACAUUGUAGGUACUUAUUUAUUAAUACGGUUUGUACAGAUGUUAAUAUUUGAAAUCAUGUGGUCGUAAUACAUUUAAUAUAUUUCC